UUUGUCACUAUUGAGAGUGAGGAACCGAGAUAAGCAUCUUCAAAAUGAAAUCAGGAAAACUUUGUGUGCUCUUUUUUUCCCUAUUACCUCUUGUAACAGUUGAAGCAGGACUCUUCGACAUUUUUGAUGUGUUUUUUGAUAAAGAUGAUUUACGGCCUUUCGAUUAUACAGAUCUUGAGAAGGAUUUAAGGGAGUCUCUAUAUGGGCAGCACAUUGCAUUGGAGGCUAUACUGAAGGCAGUAUCCUUGUUUAUGAGAGAUCCAGAACCAUCCAAACCACUGGUGCUCUCUUUCCAUGGGCCAACAGGAGUGGGAAAAAGUUUUGUUUCCAAGAUCAUCGCAAGGAAUAUUUUUAAAAAGGGGGAAAAGAGUAGCCAUGUCCAUUUAAUCAUAUCUGAUUACCACUUCCCUCACAAAAGUGAGGCAGCAUUGUAUCAAACCCAGCUUAGGGAGUGGAUUUAUGGAAAUGUCUCAAGUUUUCCCCGCUCCAUGUUCAUAUUUGAUGAAAUGGACAAGAUGAAUCCACAUCUAAUUGAUGCCAUAAAACCUUUUCUGGAUUACAGUGAUGUAGACAAAGUGUCAUUCCGCAAUGCAAUCUUCAUUUUUCUGAGUCAUGCACCUGCGAAUCUGAUUAUCAACAUGACACUAGAUUUCUGGAAAGAAGGCAAAGAGAGAGUAGAGAUAAAUGGCCAGGAACUGGAGGCUCAAAUCUAUCAAAACAUCUUGAAUGAAAAGGACAAUGGAUUUUGGCAGUCCAGUCUCUUAGGUCAGCAUCUGGUGGAUCACUUUAUUGCUUUCUUGCCUCUGGAAUUGAAGCAUGUGCGCCAGUGUGUCCUGGCUGAAAUGGCCAACCUGAACAUGACUGAAGACUUUGAUCUGGCUGACAAAGUGGCCAAAGACAUGUCUUUCAUUCCACCAGAUAAUAUCUUUGCUGUUAAAGGCUGCAAGUCAAUCAGAUAUAAACUUGGGCAGCAUAUGAAAUUAAACAAAACUGAGUUAUGAGUGGAAUCAGGUCUCUUAGACUAUAUCUGUCCCAUGACAGAUGGCUCACCUCUAAUCAAAUUCAGAUAAAGUGAGUGAGAAAAAUAACUAAUAACAGAGUAGGUUGUUGCUGAAUAUUGACAAAGAGAUAAUAACCCUUGACAGAAAUAUAAUACUGCAUACUAUUAUACAAACAAUCCUACAUUAGAUACUAAAAUGCUGUUUUUGUACGUUGGUCCGAAAUGUCAGCUAGUCUGAUCAUUUACAUUUGCAGAACAGGAUAAUCGAAUGAUGCAUUUUAAAACAAAAGCAGAAAAGUUCAAAUAGUUGAAAUAAAUGACACACAAUUGUGUAUGCAUGUCACAAGGCAGAUGUAAUAUCAUUGAAGUUGAGCUACAGUUUAUGCAUCAUAAAUCAUGUUAUUCUGUCUGUUAAGGAAGAAAGAAAAAAACAAUUGAUUGUCACACAAAUUAUAACCAGGAUUAUUUACAGAAGUGGGAAAAGAUUGAUGCUUCAUGUACACACAUUCAUUCAUUAAUGACUUCCCAUAGGAAGAAUAGUUAAAAAAGUUUUGUUUACUUUGUUACUGUAGUAUACGUUGUUAGUGGGAGUUUUUGUUUUUGCUUCUGUGCAGUUUGAAAAUCUAAUAAAAGUACUUUUACCCCCACAGAUAAAUAUAUAAAUGAACAUGGCAGUGUGGUACUGCAGGAAUGGGAGACCACACCAAUUAUAAUUUUUGCUUACCUAUUUGCUAAAAACAUCAAAAGAUAUAUGCCAUUAGCAAUUAUGUUCCUACAACUUUCUAAAUGAUGAAAAAAUUGAGAGCGAUGGAUUACGACAGUUAAAAGAGAGAAAACAGCAAAUUGUCCCGUCACUCUCUUUGCAGAUGUAUUAGAAACCUCAUCUCUCAAAUGUGGUAAUUGUAUGUUAUAUCGCUUUUUCUGAAGUAGGCUCAAAACUGUCUUUCAUGUUUCCCUGACAAUAAAA